AAACAAAAGAAAUAACUAAAAAUGACAAGUAGAAGUCUUGAGGAGUCCAUGGGGGCUGUUCAGAUGGGGUUAGUCAAAACGCUUAAAGGAUUCCAAAGCAAGAUUUUGCCACCCCUGAGUCCAAAGGUGGUUACAGAAGACGAAGUAAAUAGAAUGCUGACACCUUCGGAGUUCCUGAAAGAAAUGUCCCUCACCACAGAGCAGAGGCUGGCUGAUACACGUGUGAUGUGCCGACCACAGAUCAUAGAACUUUUAGAUAUGAGGGAAACAACACAUCAAAAGUUUCCAGGAAUUGACCUGGAUCAGGCAUUAUUCCAGCCCUUUCCAUCAGAAAUUGUAUUUCAGAACUACACUCCCUGUGAAGUCUAUGAAGUUCCACUGGUUCUGAGGAACAAUGACAUAAUUCCAAGGAUGGUGAAAGUUGUUGAGGAAAGUUCACCUUACUUUAAAGUAAUCAGCCCCAAAGGUAUUAGCCACAAAGUAGCUCCAGGAGUGCCAUCCGUAUUCCGAAUCCUCUUUACUCCAGAGGAGAACAAGGAUUAUGCCCAUAUGUUGACCUGUGUUACUGAAAGAGAAAAGUUUAUUGUGCCCAUCAAAGCUAGAGGCGCACGAGCCAUCCUCGAUUUUCCUGAUAAGCUGAAUUUUUCCACCUGCCCUGUCAAAUACAGCACUCAGAAGAUUCUGCUGGUGCGAAACAUUGGCAACAAAGAUGCUGUGUUUCACAUCAAAACUCAUAGGCCCUUCUCUGUAGAGCCAUCUGUUGCAACUCUUAAUGUAGGAGAGUCCAUGCAACUGGAAGUGGAUUUUGAGCCACAGACUGUGGGCAAUCACAACAAAAGACUUAUUGUGUAUUACGACACAGGUGAAAAAGUGUUUAUAUCUCUGUAUGGAGCUGCCAUAGACAUGAAUAUAAGGCUGGACAAGAACUCCUUGAUCCUUGAGAAAACUUACAUAUCUCUGGCCAAUCAGCGAACUAUAACUAUUCACAACCGCAGUAACAUCAUUGCCCAUUUCCAGUGGAAGAUAUUUGCUACCCAAGAAGAGGAAGACCGAGAAAAGUAUAGGGUCUGUGAUGAUCUUAUCAAAGAGGAAAAGAAUGAGACCGAUGAGUUUCUUGAGGAGUGCAUUAUUGAUCCUUCACUGAGACAACGUCUUUCCAUUCUCUCCCGCACCUUCGAGAAUCAGAGAAAACUGGUUCAGGCAGACGGCAUGCUCUUCUUGAAUAACAUUUUCACUAUUGAGCCUCUGGACGGUGAUGUCUGGCCCAAUUCGUCAGCUGAAAUCACUGUGUACUUUAACCCUCAGGAAGCCAAGGUCUACCAGCAGACUGUUUACUGUGACAUUUCAGGCCGAGAGAUCCGUCUGCCCCUCCGAAUCAAAGGGGAAGGAAUAGGACCAAAGAUUCACUUCAACUUUGAGUUGCUGGAUAUUGGAAAAAUUUUCGUUGGAUCUGUACAUUGUUAUGAGGCAGUACUAUCCAACAAAGGCAGCAUUGAUGCCCUCUUCAAUGUGAUCCCUCCAACUUCGGCUGUGGGGGCCUGCUUUGUUUUCAGUCCCAAGGAAGGCAUCAUUGAACCAAGUGGAGUCCAGGCUGUCCAGAUCUCCUUCAGUUCUUCCAUCCUGGGGCACUUUGAAGAAGAGUUCCUGGUCAAUGUCAAUGGGUCACCUGAGCCUGUGAAAUUGACCAUUAGAGGCUGUGUCAUUGGACCUACCUUCCAUUUUAAUGUUCCUGCUCUGCAUUUUGGUGAUGUUUCCUUCGGGUUUCCUCACACCUUAAUAUGUUCUCUCAAUAAUACCUCCUUGGUCCCCAUGACCUUCAAACUGCGUGUCCCUGGGGAUGGCGUUGGCCAAAAAAGCAUUUCAAGUUGUGAGCAGUAUUCAGGCAACAAAAAAUCAUAUUGGAACAAGGAUGAUAUACCUGUAAUGAGACCAAAAGAAUUCACCAUCACCCCCGACUGUGGCACCAUUCGUUCCCAAGGAUUUGCUGCUAUCAGGGUGACCUUAUGCUCCAACACUGUGCAGAAAUAUGAGCUGGCCCUGGUGGUUGACGUGGAGGGCAUCGGGGAAGAAGUGCUGGCACUCCUGAUUACAGCGAGGUGUAUUGUACCUGCUCUCCGCGUGGUUAAUACAGAGGUGGACUUCGGGCACUGCUUCCUGAAGUAUCCAUAUGAGAAAACAAUCCAGCUUGUCAAUCAUGAUGAUCUUCCAGGAUGCUAUCAGGUCCUGCCUCAGGUGUAUCAGGAUGCACCAGCCGUGUUGCUCUCUAGUCCCACCCCCUGUGGGGUCAUCUCCCCCCACAGCACCGUUCACAUACCUCUGGCCCUGGAGACCCAAAUUCCUGGGAAAUACAGGUCCACAGUUUACAUCUCGACCUUCGGAAGCCAGGACCCCCCUAUGGCAUGUCACUUAAGGAGCAUCGGAGAAGGCCCAGUUAUCUAUGUACACCCGACUCAGGUUGAUUUUGGCAAUAUCUACGUCCUGAAAGACUCCCACAGGAUUCUCAACCUGUCUAACCAGUCCUUCAUCCCCGCAUUAUUCAAAGCACGCAUGGCACACAAAAAGUCCCUUUGGACCGUUGAACCCAAGGAAGGCACUGUUCCUGCGGAAAGUGAUGUUGAACUGACACUGACUGCCAACCUCAACGACACACUGACAUUCAAAGACACGAUCAUUUUGGACAUUGAAAAUAGCAACACCUACCAGAUUCCUGUCCAGGCUUCAGGAAUUGGCUCCACCAUUGUUUCAGAUAAGCCCUUUGCACCAGAACUCAAUUUGGGAGCACAUUUUAGCCUGGACACCUAUUAUUACCGCUUCAAGUUGACCAACAAGGGACGUCGGGUCCAACAGUUGUUCUGGAUGAAUGAAGAUUUCUGUCCCCAAGAAAAGCUGAGCAAGAAGAGACUGGUUAAGAAGGGACGUGCUAAAAGCCAGCCCCAGACCCAGUGCUCCCAGGCCCCCAGGGACCCUCAAAGCCCUGUAUUUCAGCUCCACCCCAUCAGGAUGGAGCUGUACCCAGGCCAGACGAUCGACGUGAUACUUGAAGGCUAUUCUACCACCCCCAGGGUGGUCAGAGAAAAGCUGGUGUGCCGCAGCAUCAUCGGGACACAGAAGGGGAAGAGCCUCUUGAUGACCGUGACCAUCGUCUGUGAGUUUGUGGCGCCGUUCAUCCAGCUCUCCACCAAGCAGCUCGUGUACCGACUGGAGAAGAAACCUAACACUAUCCUGGAACCUGAUUACCAGCCCUUGGUCAUGAAGAACAUUUCCACCCUGCCUGUGAACGUGCUGCUCUCGACAAGCGGACCCUUCUUCAUCUGCGAGACUGAUAAAUCCCCGCUGCCCUCAAUUCCUCAGCCUAUUAAACUGGAGAUGGGUGAAGAAAAAGACCUGCUGGUCAAAUUUGACCCUUCCUACAAAAAUGAUUUGAACAACUGGGUGGCAGAAGAAGUUCUAGCAAUCAAGUAUGUGGAGCACCCUCAAGUGGACAGCCUGCACCUGCGUGGAGAAGUGAAUUACCCCAACCUCACCUUUGAGACCAUGGAGCUGGAUUUUGGCUGUAUCCUGAACAAUACCGAGGUGAUCCGCUACAUCACCAUCACCAACUGCAGCCCCCUCGUGGUGAAGUUUCGCUGGUUCUUCCUGGUGGACAACGACGAAAAUCAGAUAAGGUUUGUGAUGUGGCCAAGGAGGCCCGACAGUGCCCCCCUGUCCCAGGUGGAAUCCAUCCCGGUAACCUUGGCAUCUGUCAGCUCAGCAGCAGUCCCAGCAACAGAGUCCCCCGAGAUCGAUCUAAGUGAUUUUGUUAAGACUGUCCUUGUGGAUGAAGAUGUUGGGCCUGAAGAAAGAGAAACCAAAAAAGCGCACGUGCCCAUCAUGGCCAUCUCAGAUGGAUUAAAAACGAACUCUGCUGAAACAGGCAGAGUAGAUACAAACCAGAGCCAGGCGGAGUUUCAGGAAUCCCCAUGGAUCUUUGAACAGGAUGCCAUGUUUUCCAUCGGGAUAGAAGAAGUGUUUGAUAUUUUGCCCCUCUAUGGAGUGCUGCAGCCACACAGUAGCCACCAGAUAUCUUUCACCUUCUAUGGACACUGUGACAUCAUUGCACAGGCUAAAGCUCUGUGUGAAGUGGAAGGAGGGCCCACCUAUGAGAUAAUACUAAGGGGAGAGGCCUCCCUGGUCAACUAUUCCUUUGACACCAAGGAAAUUAACUAUGGAUUACAGCUGUUCGACCAUGUCACAGAGAGUGAAAUCACACUCAAGAACACUGGGAAAGUUGGCUUUGAGUUCAAGGUUCUGACCGACCCCCGGUCUUCACCAGACAACCUUCUGCCAGGAGUGCCGCUCAUCCAGCCUCUCUCAGGUUUUAUCAGUUCCCAUAAAGAGCAGGUGCUGAAGGUUUACUACCUACCUGGAGUACCUGAGGUCUUUCAAAGGAGUUUCCAGAUACAGAUUGCCCACCUGGACCCAGAAAAUAUUACUCUGAGUGGAGAGGGAAUCUUUCCCCGAAUCUGCCUCGAUCUCCCCAGGAACCUCAAAGGAUGUGAAAAGUAUGAAAUCUUCUUAAAUCAGGCCAGAAAAAACCUAGAAAAAGAGUACAACAAAUAUGAAACAUUUGAUCACUUAGAGACACCUGAGGAAGUGCCUGAGGAUGAAUCUUCUGAGUUAAAUGCUCAACUCCAGAUGGAAGUAGAGCGACUUAUAGUCCAAGACUAUGCCAUAGAACAUCAGAAAUUAAUUGUCCCUGGUUCCAUGGAUGACUUCUGCCACCGAUGUCGCCGCAAACCGAUCAAAGUCGAGCUACCGGAAUACAUCCUGGACUUUGGCUACGUCAUCCUUGGUAACGUCCGAACCCACAUCAUCAAGAUCACCAACACCAGUCACUUCCCAGUGUCCUUCCAUGCAGAAAAGCGCAUCCUUCACGACACAGGCUUCAGUAUUGAGCUAGACCGUGUGAAGAAUCUGCCUUACUGUGAAACGGAAACAUUUGAAGUGAGAUUUGACACACAAGGCGCCAAUCUUUCUGUUGGGAACAAGGAGGUCAUUCUGCCCAUCAAGGUGGUUGGAGGGGCAACAGUUCACAUCUGUCUCCAAGCCAAGGUGACCAUUCCCAGUAUGACACUGUCUUGUGGAAAAGUGGAGUUUGCCACAAUUCAGUGUGGACAGUGCCUCGUGGAAACUAUUCAGCUUUCCAACCAUCUCCAAGUCCCCUGUGAGUGGUUUAUCCACAGCCAUAAGCAAGUUAGCAAGCUGGAGAAACACAUGCCAAAAUACUUAAGACGGAAACUAUGUGCUGAAUUAAAGCCAAAGACUCGGAUCUUUGAGAUUCAGCCCAUUUCUGGGAUCUUGGAUUCUGGUGAGAGGUACAACGUGCAAGUGAAAUUCAUGCCCCAAGAGGAGAAAUUCUACAGCCAAACCUUUGUGUUCCAGAUUGCCCAGAGUGCUCAAAAGCUUACUCUACUGGUGCAGGGACAAGGUCUAGAGCCACGCUUGGAAUUUAUUCCCUCAGUUCUGGAACUGGGGCCACUGCUGCCUUAUGCACCUGGAGAUGAGGCCAAGGUGGUAGUGAAGAAUCCCUGCAAUUUUCCCAUUGAGUUUUACUCCUUAGAAUUUGACCAGCAAUAUCUUGUAGAAGAGAAGAUCUUGCGAACGCUGAAGGGCUAUGAUUCCUACAACUCCCUGCUGCUGCCUCCCCGCCUUCCAGGGGAGAAGCUGCCCCCAGAGAUAUAUGAGUACUUUAAGGAGAUGAAGCGGUCGAAAGAGGAGCAGAUGAAGGUGAAAUAUCUGGAGAGUCUGGCUCAGGAGAACGAAGAGGACGACGGUCCCUUGUCAGAACAGAGAACCUCUGCCAGCACGAAGAGGACCUCGCUUAGCCGAGGGAUCUUUGUCACACCCAACCUGGAAGAGCAACACGUCCCGAUGGUCGAGUCCAGGAUGUACCCAGAUGAAGAGGAGGAUGAGGAAAGCCUAGAAAAAAUCAUGUUUCAAACUGACAAGAUUCAGAGCAUUGACAGCAACUCUGCAGAGGAGGUUGGAGAGGUAGAGAACAACCCAGUGAGCAAGGCCAUCGCUCGCCACCUGGGCAUUGACAUCUCUGCAGAAGGCCGCCUGGCCAGGAACCGCAAAGGCAUUGCCAUCAUCAUCCAUGGGACCCCCUUGUCAGGAAAGUCAGCCACCGCAGUCAGCAUGGCCAAGUACUACAGUGCAGCCUGCCUGAACAUCAACUCCAUCGUGCUGGAAGCCAUCUCUGAUGGCAACAACAUCGCGGGGAUCCGGGCCCGUGAGCUCUGCAUCAGGGCCGCCAUAGAGCAGUCCAUGAAGGAAGAGGAGUCUGCCCAGGAGGCUGCGGCUUUAAGCCAAAGUGCCACAGGACAGAUACGACUGAGCAGCGAGACCCUGGGCAAGUUAACUUCGGAAUCCACUCUGGUCACGCCCGAAAUGAAACCCGCCAAGUCUGUGCGUGGGAGCGUGCUGACCACCAAAGGCAAGGCCGAGAGCCACGGCUCCGGGUCUCAGAAGCAGCAUCGCCAGCCCUCGUCUGAAACGCCGCAGAUUUCGUCCAGCCCUCUCCCCUCGGGGCCCACGCAGCGCCGGCUCAGUGUCAGUGCCAGCAUCGGAGGCGAUACCGGACUUGUGAGCUGUGUGCUCCCUGAGGAGCUGUUCACUCAGAUCCUGGCCGAUCGCAUCCAGCUGAGUGACUGCUACCGAGGAAUGGUGUUUGACAGCCUGGAGACACUCUUUGCUCGGAACGCAGCUACCGCUCUGCUCUGCCUGCUGAAGGCCAUCGGCAGCCGGGAGCACAUCUAUGUCAUCAACAUGGCCCAGGAUUAUGCAGCCAUGAAGGCCCAGGAGAAAGCCAGAAAGGAGCUAGAAGAGCACAAACGCAGGGAAGCACUUCAGAGAGAGAAGGAGCGUCUCCAAAACAUGGAUGAGGAAGAAUAUGAUGCCUUGACGGAGGAGGAGAAAAUAAUGUUCAAUCGAGAGGUUCAGCAGGCCCUCCGGGAGAGGAAGAGGAGGGAGCUGGAGAGACGGGCAAGGGCGAUGCAUGAAAAGAAACUACAGCAGGAGCUGGAGCGGCAGAAGGAAGAAGAUGAGCUAAAACGGAAGAACAAAAAGCCAAAGCAGGGACCUGUAAAGGAGGAGCCAUCCAUGAGGAAAUCUCAGAUACCAAGCAAGCAGAUUCUUACUUUUUCCAAACUAGAGUUGAAGAGUGAUACAAUAGAAAGAAAAGUCUCAGUUAGAGAGCAGGUAGCUGCGGAGAAGGAAGAACUGAACAAGAAGAAGAAGAACCAACUGGCAGAUGUCAACAUGCUUGGGUUUCCUCUUGUCCAGGAACAAGAGGACAGCGAAGGGGACCUCCUGAAGGACACGGACGAAAACAUGGCCCAGAAGUUUAAGACCUAUGAGCUGACGCUGAAGGAUGUGCAGAACAUCCUCAUGUACUGGGACCGGAAGCAAGGAGUUGUGCUGCAUCACCCCGGGGCCGAAGAGGCGAGCCAUGAGGACGGCACCGAGCAGCGCCAGCUUCCCUCGGGCGGGCGCAGAGGCCGCAAGGACCGGGAAAGGGAGCGCGCGGAGAGGGAGCGCCUGGAGCGGGAGAGGGCCGAGAGGGAGCGGCUGGAGAAGCUGCGCGUGCAGGAGGAGCGCAGCGACGCGGGCGAGGGCGAGGAGGAGGACCACGAGGGGAAGAAGGGUCUGGGCGUGCCCUUCAUAAACAUCCAGACGCCAGACUCGGAAGGCUCGAGCUGGAAGCAGGCCCUGGAGAAUGACAGGCUUCCCAAAGGGGAGCAGAUCCUGGACCUCCUGGGCCUGGGUUCCUCUGGACCUCCUAUCCCCCCAGCUACCUUAUUCUCAAUCAUCUCCUACCCUGUGAAGCGGCCUCCUUUGGCCACAACAGAAAUCCUGAAGUAUUUCGUGUUUGUAACUCCACUGUCCAAAGACCUGGCCCUGAUGGAGGAGAAAAGAGAAGUGGAAACAGAAGCAGAGCUUUCAGCCACCCCGGGCUCCUCAAAGACCCAGGAGGAGCAGACCACCUCAUCGAAGGGGAGCAGACAGAAAACUAAAGAAAAAACGGAUCAGACCCGCGAGUCUCAGAAGGAGAAACGUCGCAUGGCCUUAAACAGGAAGGGCCUUUCUGGGGAAACCUCUGGAACCAUCGCUCCCCUGUCAGACGUACAACAGAGCAACUUCUCUGGGCAGCACCCCCGGGAGAAAUUCACCAGGCUGAAUCAUUUCCGGUGGAUCGUGCCAGCCAACGGAGAGGUGACACUGGGCGUGCACUUCUCUUCAAAUGAUCUUGGGAUCUUUGACCAGACGUUUAACUUUGAGAUCCUUGGAACUCACCGCCAGUACCAGCUUUAUUGCCGAGGCGUCUGCACUUACCCAUAUAUUUGCCAAGACCCAAAAGUGGUGUUCCCUCAGCGGAAGAUGAACAUGAAGGCAAAUGAGGUCAUCUUUAAGAAGUAUAUUGUGAGCAUGGAGAGGUUUUACUUCGGGCCACUGCUCUGUGGAAAAUCAAGAGAUAAGUACAAGUCGUCCUUGUUCCCAGGCAACAUGGAGACACUGACAAUUCUAAAUAGUUCCCCGAUGGUGGUGGAGGCGUUCUUCUGUUUUCAGAACGAUGUCAAAGCAAACACCUACUUCCUGGAGCCCAUCAACAUGGUUCUGAAACCCAAUGAGAUGCAGAUGUUGAACGUAUGGGCCUACCCUACUGCAGUUGGUGUCUUUGAAGACAGCAUUGUCUGCUGCAUCAAGGAGAACCCGGAGCCAGCCCUCUUCAAAUUAAGCUGCCAGGGGGUCCGCCCAGAACUGGAGCUGGACCCCAGACAAUUACAUUUUGACCGGCUCUUGCUGCACAGAAAAGACUCCAAGGUGGUUCUUCUCCGCAAUCUCACACUACUGCCCCUGGCCUGGAGGAUCACCAGCCUGGAGCACCUGGGCGAAGACUUCUCCGUGUCCACCAUGCAGGGGACCAUAGCCCCCAAGGCUGAGCAUAGCCUACAAGUGCACUUCCAACCCUCCAAACCCGUCAACAUCAAGAAGGCGAUUCGGUUGGAGGUUUUAGACGCAGACAACCUCGUUGGCGUUGUUCAGAUUGAAAACAUCCUGAUCUUUGCCGAGUCCUACGAUGUUGCCUUGGACAUCACCUUCCCCAAAGGAGCUGAAGGAGGCCUCGAUUUUGGGAUCGUGAGGGUCAUGGAGGAGGUGAAGCAGCCCCUGCAGCUGAAGAACCGUGGGAAAUACGAGAUCAUGUUCAGCUUUUCUGUGGACUCCUUAGGGAUUUCAGCAACCAAUGUCAGUUCCAUGAUCUCAGUCCAACCCAAGAAGGGCUCACUGACCACAACGGAAAAGCCCACAAACAUCCAGGUGCUCUUCCGUGCAAAAAAGGAAGUGAAGAUCGAGCACCAGCCAGUGCUGCGCUGUCAGAUUAUUGAGCCCAGUAUCUCAGAAGGAGGUGCAAUUAUUGCCAGCAUCCCAAUUAAGUUCUCUGUGAAUGCGGUGUUCUCCAAAUACAGCAUCAGCCCCUCCUCCAUCAUCAACUUCGGGGCUUUGAUCUGUGGCACUCGUAAAAGCUCCUCCUUCACCAUAGAAAAUCAAGGUGUAAUCGACUUCAAAUACGCCCUUUACAGGCUGACAGGGGAGAGCCCCCUUCCUCAGAAGAAAGCAACCAGCCAUGUUAGACAUGCAAGAUCCCGGGAAAGCGAGAACUUCUACAAGACUGGACCUUCCAAAGCAACCAAGUUCUCUGACUCUGUUCAGAAAGAAGUAAACAUCAUAAACCAGGCUCGCUUCACCCACGGCAUGUUCACCGUGUACCCUGGGUUUGGCUCCAUCCCUUCUGGAGGAAUGCAAGUCAUCACCAUCGACUGCGUGGCUGACCCCGUGGGAAGAUGUGAGGAGUUUAUAGCAAUUGAUAUCUCUGACCGAGACCCAAGAGACCAGCCCGCUGGCAUUCCUUACAGCCUGGUGGCUGAAGCCUGCCAGCCAGCCUUCGUGACUGACAGCAAUGCCUUGAUAUUUGAGGAGCACCAGCUCUGUAGCAGCGCCAACCUGUACAGCAUCCUACGGACCAUAGAGAGCGGGGGGCUGUUUGUGGAGGAUGAGAACAAGUUCAUCUUCUGCAAUGUCCUGGUGGGCCAUCAGGCCAAGGCUCGGUUCAAGAUCUGCAACGUGGGGAAGAUCGCCUGUGACGUGAACGUUGUGGUGAAGCCCAUCUCCAACAAGAUCUUUGCCCGCAUCACCGACAUCUUCGAAGUGGAACCCAACAAGAUGUGUGUUGCCAGCCGUUCACACGCCUUUGCCACGGUGUCCUUCACCCCGCAGACCAUGCAGACCUACCAGUGUAUCUUCGAGGCCACCUUGGACGGCUUGCCCAGCAACCUGGCCAAGAACCGAAGCCUCGUGUUUGAUAUCAUUGGAGAGGGUAACCUCCCGCGGGUGACCGUCGUGCGGCCGAUUCUCUAUAACCAACAUGGAAACCCCUUGCUCCUCUUUAAGAGGCUUCUGCUUGGGCAUUCAGAGACACUGCCUCUUGUCCUCAAGAACAACGGCACCAUCCCCGCCAAGCUGCAUGUUGACCUGCAGGACCAACUAGAAGUCUUCUCCCUGAAAGGGAAGCCCUCUACCUCCUACAUCUACAUCAUAGAGGAAAACAAACCACAAGCAAAAGCAAAGAAAGCUCACACAGCCUCCCUGGUUGUCCCUCCUGGAGACACAGCUGAAUUUGAUGUUGUUUUCCACUCCCAGAAGGUUGGGAGAAUGGCAGGCAUCAUCCACUUGUCAGUGAUCAACAACCAGUACGAGGAGACGGUCAUCCACAUGGUGGGAGAGGGCUAUGAGGACGACAUCACCUUGGACAACAUCCACGGGCUGGUGGCUUCCUCCAGCCAGGAGGCCUCAGAUAUCUCUGAGAUCAUCGAGGAAAACACGAUGGAAGACUUGGUGGCAGCUGCUCUGGUGAACCACGUCCAGUUUGGGGACUGCCACAUUGGAAACAGCUAUAACGUGAGCUUCACAAUCACUAAUCACAGCCAAGUGAACGUGAUACGGUUUGAAUGGCCCCUUUUAGCUACAGUUUCUUUCUCCCCACAGAUGGGCCACCUCCACCCUGGCUGUGCCAAGGACAUAGUGGUGACCAUGAAGUCAGACGUGCCCAUCAACCUGAGGAAGAUGGGGAUCAAGUGCAAGCUCUCCAAGAUCACAUUUCAGCUCCCUGCAGACCAGGUCCCCGACUGGGAUGACCGCAUGCGCACGGUCAAGUGGGUUGACGUGCUCAGAAACACACCCGGGACUUUCACUACAAAACGAAAAGUGAUAGAGACGGAUCCUGAGCCUGCUUUCUCAGUACUAGAAGAAAACUACGGAGAACUGCAGCUGCAGAUCAGCGCCCACGUGAAUUUUGCUUCAUACAAGUGUCAGACGAGCGACGUGCACUUUAAGGAAACGCUGGUUUACCAGACCCGAACGUUUGAGUUUGAACUGAUUAAUUCAGGAAAGGUGCAGCUGGAAUUCAGCUGGAUCUCAGAAGAGACAGCAAAGGCUGUCAGCUUUGCAGUGCCAGAUAUCCAAGGUUUCUCCCAGAAGGACCAGCUUAGCCAGGGCACGUUGCACACAGGCAGCACCCUGGACAGUGCCGUGGACCACUGGAACGGAGCUUCCCUGCCACCCUUCUCUGUGGAGCCUGUCUCAGGUGUCGUGCCCGUGGGGAAGACUCAGAAGCUCCAAGUGAAAUUCUCCCCAUUGGAGGUUGGAGACUUCGAGAGCAGUCUUUUCUGCCAGAUUCCUAACCUGCCACCUGGAGAGCAAGGCCCAGUCCUGUCAGCAAAAGGGAGGAGCUCCCUGCCCUUCUGCCAUUUUGACCUGAAAGACUCGGACUACAUCAGCGGUCAUCGGCGCAACCCCGAUCUCCGAGGGCCCAGUGGUGGGGCCCUGGACCCAAACACCCGGGUGAUGGAGUUCACCAGCGUGGGCAUCGGAGGGAAGAAUCUCCGGACUUUCACGAUACUGAACCCGACCAAUAGCACCUACUCCUUCUGCUGGGUCUCCGAAGAAACUGAAAGUCUCCAGAACCCUCCAGCCUUCACAUGCCUUACAGAGAAGGGCCUCGUCCUCCCUGAAAAGAAAGCUGAGAUUAUCUUCCAGUUCACACCUUUCCACCUGGACAUCUCGGAAGCAUUCUGGACUUUCCUGAUCCCCGAACACAACAUCACAGUCCCUUUCCUGCUGGUAGGCAAAGCCACUGACCCUCUCGUCAAUCUGGACAAGUCACAUCUCAACUUCAGUUGUCUCCUCAUUGGCAGAGAAGCCAGGGAGACGGUGAAGAUCAUCAACCAGGAGGAGCAGGAGUUCCAUUUUGCCUUCCAGGACACCUCCCGAUAUUCUGAAGGUUUCAGCAACAGCCUGGUCGUAUGUCCCAUGGAAGGCUGGAUCCCACCGCUCUCCAGAUUCCCAAUUGAUAUUUUCUUCACACCGAAGCAGGAAGGAGAUGUGAACUUUAAUCUGAUCUGCAAUGUGAAAAGGAAAGCCCACCCUCUGACCUUAAAUGUCAAGGCUGAGGGCUACUCUAUGAAUGUAGAGGUCAAGUGCAAGGACAGGACCGGCUCCAUCACUCUCUUGACUCCCAACCAGACCACCACGGUCAACUUCUAUGAGGUGGAGCUGAAUGAAUGCGUCCAGUGCGAGUUCAGCUUUAUCAACACCGGGAAGUUCAACUUCAGCUUCCAGGCAGAGCUGUCCGGCCCCAAGUCCCUGCUGCAGUACUUGGAAUUUUCACCCAUUGACAGCAGUGUGGAUGUAGGGCAGACUGCACACGCCUCCCUGUCUUUCCAGCCAUUUAAGAAAUGUGUCUUGAAGGGCCUGGAACUCAAAAUCAAGAUCAGCCACGGCCCAACAUUUAUGUGCAGCAUCUCCGGCUGUGCCGUGAGCCCCGCCGUCCAUUUCUCCUUCACCAGCUACAACUUUGGGACCUGCUUCAUCUACCAAGCUGGGAUGCCCCCAUACAAACAAACCCUGGUUGUCACCAACAAGGAAGAGACACCCAUGAGCCUAGAUUGUUUGUAUACCAACACCAGCCACCUGGAGGUGAACUUCCAAGUCAAUGUGAUAAAGCCAGGAAGGACAGUGGAGAUUCCCAUCAUCUUUUAUCCUCGAGAAAGUAUCAAUUACCGAGAACUCAUCCCCUUUGAAAUCAAUGGGCUCUCACAACAAGUCGUUGAAAUCAAAGGGAAAGGCACCGAAAUGAAGAUUUUAGUCCUCGAUCCAGCCAAUAAGAUUGUGAAGUUAGGAGCUGUCCUGCCUGGACAGGUGGUGAAAAAAAUGAUUUCCGUCAUGAACAACAGCCAAGCCCAGCUCACAUUUAACCUGUCAGUCCUGUUCACGACUGCAGAACUCCAGGAGCCCAAGGUCAUCAUCUUGACACCGUUCCACAACAUCACCCUGAAGCCCAAAGAGGUCCGGAAACUGGAAGUCACCUUUGCCCCGAAGAAGCGUGUCCCUCCCUUCUCCGAGGAGGUGUUCAUGGAGUGCAUGGGGCUCCUGCGGCCCCUCUUCCUCCUCAGUGGCUGCUGCCAGGCCCUGGAGAUCUCCCUGGACCAGGAACAUCUUCCCUUUGGACCAGUCGUGUGUCAGACGCAAGCCUCGCGUCGCAUCCUCAUGUUGAACUCAGGCGAUAUGGGUGCGAGGUUUAAGUGGGAUGCCAGGAAAUUUGAGCCUCAUUUCUCCAUCAGCCCAGAAGAGGGCUAUAUCACCGCAGGCAUGGAGGUUUCUUUCGAAGUGACUUACCAUCCUACUGAGGUGGGCAAGGAGAUUCUUCAUAAAAACUUGCUCUGCUUCAUCCAGGGAAGCAGUCCUCUGAGCCUAACCCUGUCUGGAGUCUGCGUGGGACCACCGUCAGUAAAAGAGGUGGUGAAUUUCACCUGCCAGGUACGCUCCAAGCAUACGCAGACCAUCAUGCUUUCAAACCGCACCAACCAAACCUGGAAUCUGCACCCCAUCUUUGAGGGCGAGCACUGGGAGGGGCCCGAGUUCAUCACCCUGGAGCCCCAUCAGCAAAACAAGCCCUAUGAGAUUACCUACCGGCCCCGCACCAUGAACGUGGAGAACCGCAGGCAUCAGGGCACCCUCUUCUUCCCCCUCCCAGAUGGGACCGGCUGGCUUUAUGUACUGCACGGGACUUCCGAGCUCCCCAAAGCCGUGGCCAAUAUCUACCGUGAAGUGCCCUGUAAGACGCCCUACACUGAGCUCCUGCCAAUCACCAACUGGCUGAACAAGCCCCAGAGAUUCCGGGUCAUUGUGGAAAUGUUGAAACCGGAGAAGCCCGACCUGAGUGUCACCUUAAAGGGCCUUGAUUACAUUGAUGUGCUGUCUGCCUCCAAGAAAGACUACAAGCUGAACUUCUUUUCCCACAAGGAGGGACUGUACACGGCAAAGGUGAUCUUCCGAAAUGAGGUGACCAGCGAGUUCCUAUACUACACGGUGGGUUUCAGGGCCAUCCCUUCAGGCGUCAUCAAAACCAUCGAGAUGGCGAGCCCCGUCCGGCAGAGCGCGACGGCCUCCAUCAAGGUGGAGAACCCCCUGCCCUACUCGGUGACCUUCUCCACGGAAUGCAGGCUGCCUGACAUCAGCCUGCCCUCCCAGUUUGUGGUGCCGGCCAACUCUGAGGGCACAUUCUCAUUUGAAUUCCAGCCUCUGAAAGCUGGAGAAACCUUCGGGAAACUAACACUGCACAACAGUGAUUUGGGUUACUACCCAUACGAGCUCAAUUUGAAGGCCACGCCAGCACUGCCUGAAAAGCCUGUCCACUUCCAGGCUGUUCUUGGCAGCGGCCAGAGCAUCUUUGCCAAGUUCACCAAUUACACCCGGCAGAAGACAGAAUACUACUGCAGGACAGACUGUCCGGACUUCCACACAGAAAAGGUCAUCUACGCAGCCCCUGGGGCGCAGGGCGGCACGGAGGUGAGCGUGGAGGUGUACUUCGAGCCCAGCCGCCUGGGCGAGAGCAAGGGCAUCCUGAGCCUGUCAUCGCUUGCGGGCGGCGAGUACAUCAUCCCCCUCUUCGGAGUGGCUCUGCCCCCCAAGCCGCAAGGCCCCUUCCUGGUCCGAGCCGGGUACAACAUAGUCAUCCCCUUCAAGAACGUCUUCUACCACCCGGUCACCUUCUCCUUCAUGGUGGAGAACCCGGCCUUCUCCGUCCGCGCCGUAGACUCCGUGAAGCCCAAGAAGAUCAUCAACAUCACGGUCUACUUUGAAGGAAACCCAUCAGGCAGCAAAACACCCAUCACCAGCAAGCUGAUUGUGGCCUGCCCUCCCGGCGAAGGCAGUGACACCGGAAUUAAAUGGGUUUAUUACCUGAAGGGGCUCACCCCUUAGUGGGAAUCAGGGUUGACGGCAUCAUUGAAAAGCCAUCUCCUCAGCCUUAAUACCUAUGUGUUGUCCUAGCCCCGCGAAGAAUAGAGAAAAUAGUCAGGAUUCUAAAGGUACUGUUUUAUCCUCCAAUUCAAUUAUA